AUGAAACUUCGAAUUCCUAUUAGACAAAUUCUCAAUUAUUCCAUUCCAAAAAGAUCAAAUCACAGUUAUUGUUUAAGACGUGAGUUUUGAUGUUUUUUUUUGUAAUUAGUUAUUAAUUUUAGAAAAGUUAGGUUUAAAAAAAACCACGUGUCGUGUUUUUGAAAUUGAAUUUUUUUUUUUGGAAAAUCCUAAAAAUUAAAAAUUUUCAUGUUCUCAAAAAUUAAAAAAAAUUGAUUUUUAAAUUGAAAACAAGUUUUGAAGUAUUAUUAAAAAUAUUUUUUGAAAUGUUAUUUUUGAUGAACAUUUUACAAAAAAAAGUAAUUCCAGAGAUCAUAAGUAAGCUUAAGUUACAAAACAAUUCUGAGAAUUAUUUUUUUUUCAAACCAAAAUUGGAUUGUCAAAAAACAUAAAUUACUUGAAAAAAUCUAAAAUUUGAACCAGAGAUUGUUUUCAGCAAGUAUUGGUUUGGACUCGGAUUUGAUUGAAAUUCAAAAUGUUGCACACGACUUCGCAAAACGAGAAAUGUAUCCGAAUAUGGCAAAAUGGGAUGAAAAGGUUCCCUAAAAUCCUAUUUUUCUCUAUCUCAUCUAAUUCUUACAGCAAGAAUUACCUCUUGAUGUUUUGAGAAAAGCUGGUGAAAUGGGAUUUGGUGCAAUUUAUUGCAGUUCCGAAUUUGGUGGAUCAGAUUUGUCGAGACUUCAUGCAUCUGUUAUUUUUGAACAACUUUCAAUGGGAUGUGUUUCAACUGCUGCUUAUAUUAGUAUACAUAAUAUGUGAGUUAAGGAUUACUGUAUAUAGCUUUGCGAAAAAAUUACCUUAUCUCAACUCCUAGCUCCAAAAUAAAUAAAGUAAAAUGAUUUUAGGUGUGCUUGGAUGUUAGAUACUUAUGGAUCAGAUAAUUUGAAAGCAAAACACGCUGAAAAAAUCGCGAGUUUUGAAGAAUUAUGUUCAUAUUGUCUAACAGAACCAGAUGCUGGUUCAGAUGCAGCAAGUAUUCGAACAACAGCAAGAAAACAAGGAGAUUAUUAUGUUGUAAAUGGAUCAAAAGCUUUUAUUAGUGGAGCUGGAACAUCGAAAAAAUAUUUUGUAAUGGUUCGAAAAGAUGAUGGACAACCGGGUGCUAAAGGAAUAUUCUGUUUAUUGAUUGAAGAUGGAAUGGAAGGAUUUAGUUUUGCGAAAAAAGAGAAUAAAUUAGGAUGGAAUUCACAGCCAACUAGAAUUUUGAGCUUUGAGGAUUGCAAGGUAAAUUGGAGAAAAAUUGAGAUUUUUUAGAAACAAUUAUUUAGAGCUCUGGCAGCUUAGAAUUUGCUAAAAAAAUUGGAAAUAGUUUAAGAAUAUCAAAAAUAGUAUCAUCAAUGAAAAAUAUUUUACAAAAAUUUCAUCAAGAUUUGAAGUGUUGAGUAAAAAAUGUUCUCAAGAUACCGUAGUCCUGUUUUUUUGUCAACACAUUUCAAAACAUUACAAGGCUUUUGUAGUAAUUUUUUUGAAAAAUUGUUUGCAGGUUCCAAUUACCAAUCAAAUUGGUGAGAACGGUUAUGGUUUCAAUAUUGCAAUGGCUGGAUUAAAUGGUGGCCGAGUUAAUAUUGCAAGUUGUUCUUUAGGAGCAGCGCAGAAAAGUAUGGAUUUGGCAAUUGAACAUUUGAAAAUCAGAAAACAAUUUGGAAAAACAUUGUCGAAUUUCCAAUAUAAUCAAUUCAAGUUAGCAGAACUCGCAACAAAAUUGCACACUAGUCGGUGAGAAUUUAAUCGGGUGGAAUUUGCAAUAGAAAAUGUGUUUAUUUACAGUCUAAUUGUUCGCGAUGCUGCAAAACAUCUUGAUUUAGGAACAGAAGAAAAAGUAGCAAUGUGUGCUAUGGCUAAACUUCAUGCAACUGAUAAUUGUUUUGAGGUACAGUAUGAAAAGUACAGUGUGCCAUUCAAAAAUAAAUUGCAGGUUGUGAAUGGAGCUCUUCAAAUGUUUGGAGGUUAUGGAUUUUUGAAAGAUUAUCCAAUUCAACAAUAUCUUCGAGAUAUUCGAGUUCAUCAAAUUCUUGAAGGAACAAAUGAAAUGAUGCGAUUAUUGAUUAGUCGCGAUCUUCUGACUAACGAAAUCUUCUGGCCAAACUAA